AUGUUCCAAUCAAAGGGCAUGCUUGCCCUAGCAGCGAUGAACAUCAUCGCAGGUACGACCGCCAGCCUCGAGACCUGUUCCAGCAACACAGGUUACAGCUGCGCAAGCUCCUCAACAACCCCAACAUGCUGCUUCAACUAUCCAGGCGGUGCCCUUUUGCAGACCCAAUUCUGGGAUACUAGCCCAUCAACAGGCCCCUCAACCUCGUGGACCGUCCACGGUCUGUGGCCCGACAACUGCGACGGCACCUACGAGGCAAGCUGUGACUCGACCCGCGCUUACACCAAUAUCACGGAUAUCCUGCAGUCGCAGGGCCGCGACGACCUCCUCACCUACAUGGAUGAGUACUGGGUUGAUAUCGACGGGGACAACGAGUCCUUCUGGGCGCAUGAGUGGGGCAAGCAUGGUACUUGCAUUAAUACCAUUGAUCCCGACUGCUACGAGGGGUAUACUGCCCAGGAGGAGGUUGGAGAUUUCUUUGAGAAGGUUGUUGAUUUGUUUAAGGGUUUGGAUACUUACAAGGCCCUCGCCGCUGCUGGCAUCACCCCGAGCACCUCCAAGACGUAUACCCUGAGUGCGAUCCAGGCUGCCCUUACCAAGCUGCAUGGCGCGUCGGUUUACCUUGGUUGCUCGAGUGGCAAGUUGAACCAAGUUUGGUAUUUCUAUAAUGUUCAGGGCAAUGCUAUUGACGGAACUUACAAGGCUGUCAAGACGCUUACUACCUCUAGCUGCCCUAGCACUGGUAUCAAGUAUGUGCCCAAGUAA